AUGGCUGUCUUCUGCUGUUGUGGCCGUCGAGCGCCCAAUAAGGACAAGAAGUCGACGCCGGCUCGCGAUGGGCCGGUGAUACCAUCACUACCACCUCCUGCUAUUCUUCCUACGAUCUCACAACCAAGCCAACUUCCUGUCACCGAACCAAGCCCAGUCGCUCACCCGAGUCAAUCAAAAUGCUCCCUGCCUCUGGCCACUCCGAUUCCGGGAGCCCCAUUGGAGCUCGCCGAGAUCUGCGAGCUGGUCAUCGAUGAUUCCGACAGCGGACCCGAUUCACCCCAACCAAGGAGAAGUAGGGCUUCGAGUACUCUUCAUUUUGUCAAAACUCACCUACGAAAACAUAUUUCGCAGGACUCUCUCCAACGGCAGUCUCGGACCACAGUCGGCAGUAGCACCGAGGAGCUUGCUCGCCGGGCUGAACUGCGACGUCUUAUGCGAAAGAGAAUACAAGAAGAGCUACAGACCGAAGACAGCCGAGAUAUGGACAGCGAUGUUCCAUCAACCGUCUUGAGAUUGUCGGCACCACUGCCUCAUUGUGACCAGCUCCCCGGCGGAGGACCGCGUGACAAUCUCGAGUUUUCCGUCAUCGAGGCUAUCGAGGAUGUUGGAUCUGACAGUAACCCCGUGGCAACUGAAGAGUCAAAUCCCUCCUCGCCCAAUCGGGCAAACAAGUCAGAAACUGCGGCGGUAAAAGAAGCUUCUCACAACCCACGUCGAGUGAGCUGCCCAGAAUACAUGACGUCCACAGAUAAUCCGCACUCCUUACGACCGGCUUCUCGGGCUGCUCUUCGCGAACGAAGGAACUCCUUACCACCUCCAUCGUCUAGUUCUCAUUCAACACAAGUCCUGGGAUCAAGCGCAACAGGAUCUUCAUUUGGAUCUUUGUUAGCCUCGGAAAAUACCCAUAGUGUCAGCAGGCAGGCCGUCACGGCGGUCGUGGUCAAUGGCGGUAUCUCGCCCAAAGACAUCAAGCGCCAGACAACGAUCGACUUCAAGGAGACCAUCAUUGGGCGAGCGCCACGUCGUACUUCUCGGUCUCCACAGCGGCCUGGAGUGUAUUCCAAGUCCCGAUCAAAGUCUCCGCCCGUUUCUGAUGCACUCGAUCUGGACCACUCACCCAUGAAGACAUGGCUGAGAUGCCAGGAACUCUGUAAUUUCUCGGGAACAAGCCACCACGAUGAACUGCCCGUCGCGCGCCAUGAUGGACCAAGCGAUGGCGGAGAGCCUGGACAGGUAAAACCACCCUCUGCCGCCGAUAACUUGACCCUGCAGCCAGGUGUGGACGUCUCUCCGGUAAACACAGGUCCCAGCGAGCUUCAAGACGCCACCGUCCUUCGUGGUGGAGCUCUUGGGGAUGCCGAUUGCUCCCAUAUAGCGAGCUCUGACUGUUCGGUUCAUCCACCUUCAGCACCAUCAUCAGUUCUGGAGGCACAUAGAUACGGCUCUGGAACAAUGCCUUGUUGCGACGGCGGCAACAAGCAAACUGAUAAUCUUCAACCAAAUAACACCUGCCGAAGCUCAACGUCAAUGAGCAACUUAAUCGGCUUGAAUCUAGGGUUCGGUUUAGCAACCAAAUGGCUCCAGCCAUUUUCCAACCGAGACUCGUCCAGAAAUCAGGGCAGCAGGGUUUGCAUGGUCCAAGGCAACAUCUCAACUGUCAGCCUCCCGGUACUAGAAAGUGUUGGGACCGUUUCCCUUGCACCAUCAGGAGCAGUGUCCGAAUCAUCUAGCUACUAUCGUCGUGAGACAGAGCUCUUGUCUAUCCCAAAGAGAUUUACUCCGGGACGUGUAGUCAAGUUGCAGUCUUCAAGUCGCUUCAGAGAGGAGUUUGAAGAGCAGCAUGACAAGCAGUCAACUGAGAGACCGUCAUUACUCACACUUCUGCAUCUUGCCAUGCCAAAAAGAGCAAAACUUGCCUCUCGAGUCCCAACAAGUGAUGAUGGGGUUGGCUUGGCAGGGGCACAACUCUCAGCAUCUGGUGGAGUCCCCGUUGGGAGCAAGCACUUUCCGCGCCCAGUAGUGGCUGUUGGCAUGUCGUCACUGCACAUAGAGUCUUCAUUCCAUUUUUCCAACAGACCAGAAAGCACCGAAGAUGCUUGGCGGCGUGCGAUCAGGGCCGAGGCCGACGAACGUCGGUCUCUCAUCUGUGGCAGUAGCAAGAGGAGCAGCCUAAGGACACCCAGCCCGUGCGCCCUCCGCACGGGAGAGGGUUCAAGAUUAAGCACAUUACCAGUGAAUGAGUCCAGCAUACACAGAACGAGCCACUCAGAUAUUUCCAAGACGAGAACGUCAAUAAGUCAGCAGCAGUACGAAUACGAGGGGUUCCUGAAGAGCUCCAAGCGGUCCAACCAGGCUUUGGAAGACUGGGCUCGUCAGAAAUGUGAAGCUACUGUCAACACAAACCCUACAGGCGGCAACAUCCCAAGGUCGUGGGCGAGGUUCCCAUCGCACACGAGACAACAGAGAAAUGGCCCGGCCAGCAAGGAGAGCCAUGUGCUAGCCAAGGACUUUGCAGUCAAGUCUGAGUCUGUGGAUGGCAUUGCCACAUGGCUGACUGACCAAGACAGCGCCAAGACCGCAGCCACAGCAGCAUCUGCUAAGAAAUUUACGAGGGGAUCUCAAGUUUUAUCUAGGAAGCUAAACAAGCUCAUGAAGGUCAGCCUCGAUAAGCUCGUUCCCUCUCGAGAUGCCCGGGGGCAUGCUGCGAGCGAAGCUGGCAACUCUGGGCACUUGGGCCCCAACAGCGAUCAAGUCCUGUCCAAUCUUGAAUAUCCAGAGCUUCAAAUUCAGCCGAGUCCUGGUGCCUUCCGGGAACUACAGGCACUUGAGCAUGAGAUUGAGUCGCUCAAAGGCACGAUGACACAACACAGCCGGCAACAAUCGGCUGAAGCACGCCAGAUCGACGAUGAACUGUCUGGUAUCGGUAGAAACUUUGUCUCGAUGUUAAAGGAUGUGUCCUGUUCGAUCGACGGUAUGGGGGAGCAGUCUACGACUAUGAUUGCGCAAGCGCCAUUGCCGGUCAAACAAUCGCCAACCCCUUCCAGACCAGCGAUCGCCCCUACUACGCCAUGCAAUAAUCGGAUUUUGCUGUACCAAGAGCUGCUGCUGAGGUCCAAAGGUUCAAGUGCCAGUGAAAGCGAGGUCUUCGUGACCCCAAGUAGCCAAAUUUCGAACUGUGAGAGUCCCACAUCUGCGGCGGUAUCAAGUGCCGGGAAUAGGAAAGCUGCUCACUUGGAUGAUGGUUCGGCGUCGGCGAAGAGUGCAUACACAGUAAUCACAGGAUGCGCAAGAGAUGGAGGGGCGGAUACAAGGCCCUCGUUGCAGGCUCCCACGCAUCAAAAGACUUCAUAG